GCCGGGCCAAGGCGGGAUCGCAGCAACGCCGCUAAGUGCGGGCCCGAGUCAGGCGCGCCAUCGCGGGAACGCGCGGAAGCAAAUUUGGCGGACAAAAGGAGUGGCUGAGCGCUUCGGAGGCCGCCACAAAGGGAGUUUGAACCGGAGUGGGAAAGGCGUGGCGGGGUGUGGCGACCACGAUCACAUGAUGUUGUUGAGCCAGUUCGCACGCGUGGGGAACAGCCUGCUGGCCUCGCACUCUAAUAUCCAACUACCGCCCACCCCAGUACGUACAUCUCCCCACCCCCUUCGCUCCUUUCUCCUCCGCUCUAGACGACAACGACGACGACCUCUCGCCCGAAGGCCUUGACGACGGCGGCCACGCAAACACCGUCUGCCGCGCACUUUAGCCCACAAUCGCGAUCCGCAUUGCUAUUUUCCGCCAGCUGCUAUGUUUGCUUCAUCCCCAAGCACCGACUACGUCUCUUAUAGGCCUUCGAGGAGACGCGAACCCGCUGCAUCUCCAUCUUGUCGCUUCAGCUUUAACACUCCCCCACGCUUCGCAGUAGACUCCUUGGUCCGCGACUCGCCCAUGCUCACGCCUUCGCCGCUGCGCCGCCACGCGCCGCCAUCCGCAGAACCGAUGGACAUGGACGACAUCUUCCAGUCUCCUGCUGCGAGGCCAUCUUCUUACACCCACCAACCUUCUACACGACCCUCACUAUCCCAUCGCCAUAAAGAUGACAUGGAUGACGAUUUCGACAACUCCCACCUCGUGCCUUCGUCGUCGUACUCCGUCUCCCAUUUUAUGGCGCCACCAACCUCCCCUUUUCUCACUCCCCUACGCACUCCCGUCAAGUCUUCGCCGCGUUUCCCAGGGACGCCGGAUCGCCCUGCUCUCUCCGUCAAGCACGUCAAUGCCCCGUUCUCCGUCUCUCCGGGUCUCACCGCAGGCGCGAAGCGCAAGCCCACUCCCAACCAGUGCGUUACGCCGCUGCGCCCCAGAGCCAGCACUCCGUUGCAGGUCGCGUCAGCCAGAGAGCAGCCUGAAGGCGACUCCUCGUCGCUUCCGUUCGACCGCUUGGCGCCUCUGCCGGCUCCCCGCUUCAACCUCCGCACGCCACAGUCAAACGCUGAGACGGACUUGCAUCUCAAACGGCAGGCAGAGACGAUGACGAUGCUGCAGAUUCAUUCAGACGACGAGAGUGGGUAUGACUCGGGUCCUGACGUGCGUGCGGCAGACGACAAUGGACGGGCGCUCUUCGAAGGCGGUUCUUUGUCCCGGACGCCGCUCAACUCUGCUAAAGGCAAAGGCAAGGUCAAGUCGCCUGCGCUCGAAAUGUUCAUGAGGAUGGGGCAGAUGAACAAUGAAGAGGUCGCAGAAGCCGUCUCACCGGGUGGGCACGUCACCAAACGGCGUGCGCGUUCCCGCCCUGUCUCCGCUGAGCUACUAGAGUCGGCGCAGGGCGCAGCCCACACAGGAUUUGAAAAUCAGAUGCCAGCCGUUUCACCCGUUAGGGGACCGCACAGCGCAAGCUCCGUUAGUUUUCCUCGUCGGCGGCGAGCCUCCACCAGCUCUACGAGCGAGUCUGAGUCUGGCUCGCCUGUCCCACAUCUACGACUCACGCCUGGAGCUCUUCCUCGCAUUCGCACUCAGUCGCAGGCGCAUACAAGGGCACCGCUCAGUCGAAUCACCAGCACGGGGUCAGCGACCCAUUUCUUCGGUCCGAGUAUUCCCGAUCCCAGGCCUGGAAAGAAGAAGUCGAAGACAGGCGCCGUUGCAAGCCCCCGUCGCGGUAUGAACCUCGCCGCUAUGAAAGAAAGCUACCCAGCGACGGAGCGCUCACAGGCGUCCAACCGCCACAGCUACGGCGGCUCACCUGGGAUGCCCUCUGCGUGGAUGUGGCACGAGCGCGCAGCGUCGUCACCCGUCUCGUCUCCCAACUGCCGCAAGAGGGACGGCUCAUCGGACGACGAGGAAGAGGCCUUCUUCAACGGGCCCCCAGAUACAUCAUUUAGCUUCAGCAUCGCUUCGGCGACGCCGAGCCCCAAGAAGAGACAGAAGCGCGAGGCCCCUGCUUCCCCGCUGCAGAAGAAGUUCAGGCCACGCGAUUCUGGGAUCGCUCUCUACUCCAGUGAUGAGGACUACAGCGGGUUCCACUUGCAUGGCGGUGACCCGUUCCUGCCGUCGAUGCCCCGUGCUUCAACCUCCGUCAGCACGGUCAACUCAUCGGAGGGCGACGACCAGGCUCUGGUCACACCUGGCUUCGGCCCCAGCCCGUCGUCUGGCUGGCCCGGCACCGAAGUCAACAUUGUCCAUCCGGGCGAUGACUCAGACGACAUGGAAGCUUUCAUCUAUCGAACCCUCACCGCCGGCGCUGGCAAGUCCGCGCCCGGCCAUGCCUCACCGAAGCGCGUCCCAGGAACGCCCCAAAAGAAGAUGAAGACCUCGCACCUCGGCCAGCGUCCAUGGCAGAGUGCAGUCACGUCUAAGAUUGGUUUCCCCGAGUUCGACGAGGACGGACCGAAGGGCAAGGGGAAAGGUAAGGGCAAGCCGCGCAAGUCGCUGCCCGCCGCGUUCCCCAUCCUCGGCAAGGAGAACCGCACAACAGGGAAGGCCCGCCUCGGGCAUCAUCCGGCGCGGUCGUCGGUGGACAUGAACACCGACGAGGAGGAGGAGCUGAGCCCGAGCACGACGCGCCAAAGCAAGUAUGAUGGCCUGGGACUCGGGCGUCCGUCUGGCGUGCUCCCGGGCUUUACGAGAACGAGUGGAGACAAGGGCAAGGCGAGUUGGUUGAUGCGGAGGAGCAGCAGCGGCAACUUCUCGAGUGGCAGUGAGACUGCAGGCUCUGCGUCCGCGACGCCGACCCGACUUGGGGCGAAAGAAUGGUCCUUGGCUCCUCCGAGGCUUCCGCCGGCACCGACUACGCCGAGCUCGACAACGUCUGCAACGCCGAACUCACCCAAUGGAGAGGGGACCGCAAGACAACUUCGUAGUGGGGCGUCUGCGCUCCCUCAGCCAACCCCCGUGCGCACAUCUCUAUUCAACCGCCCGCAGACGCAUGCGCAUCCUGCUCGGUUGCCUCACGGCCACACCUCGCCGCUCCGGCCAACUGCGCGGGGACGCCUUUCUCUUGCAUCGGGCGACGAGCAGCCAGGGCGAUUCGAUCGCGAUUUCAUCGAGGUCGACGAACUCGGCAAGGGCGAGUUUGGACGGGUGAUGAAGGUGCGCUACAAGGACGGCUCGUUUGCGGGGCGUGGCAAAGAGGCCGAGCUGUACGCCGUCAAGAAGUCGAAGCGGUUCGAGGGCGCUAGGCAUCGGUUGCGACUUCGCGAGGAAGUGGACAUUCUGUCCAGCCUGUCUGCUCGUGGUGGCUAUCCCAACGUCCUGGCUUACGUAGAUAGCUGGGAAGAGGAAGAGACGCUUUAUAUUCAGACGGAGUUGUGCGCUCUUGGCAACCUUGCGCACUUCUUGCUGGCAUAUGGGCGUGCCUACCCGAAGCUUGAUGAAGGUCGUGUGUGGCGGGUUCUGGCAGAACUGAGUGCAGGCUUGUACUUCAUUCAUGAUGCUGGAAUCAUCCAUCUGGAUAUCAAGCCGGAGAACGUCUUCAUUACGAGCUCGGGCCGGUUCAAAAUUGGCGACUUUGGCAUGGCGUCUGUGUGGCCACGCCCUCCGCCACCGUCGGACACCAUUGUCAGCAAUGCGUUCGAGCGCGAGGGUGACAAGCUGUACCUCGCACCCGAGGUUCUUCAGGGUCGUUACAGCAAGGCGGCUGACGUCUUCAGCGUGGGCAUGACCAUCCUCGAGGCGGCGACCAAUAUCGUCGUGCCUGGACAGGGCGAGGCAUGGCACCGACUUCGGCAAGAAGACUUCUCGCAGGUCGACACCGGGCUUGAGUCGUUGAGCGAGGAGCUUCAAGACUUGAUCCGUAGCAUGAUGCGCACAGAUCCCACCGUACGUGCUGAGAUCGGUCCAGUCGCCUCUCACCCCGUCGUCUCCCGUGCACGGGCAGCGAUGGAGGGGGUACGAGCUGCCCAAGGGGAUGUCUUUGCUGCCAGCCCAUUGGGUGGCGGUGGCAAGCACUUCCUCAGCGAGAUUCUUCUGCGUCCACGAUGGACAGGAGACGCGAUGGAUGUUGGAUAUUGAUUGCGCGGAGGUAUUGCGGGUCCCGCCGCUGGGACAUUGGUUGAUCGUUAUGCACUGUACUCUUUCUCAUGAUUGACUUCGCCGAUCACACCACUUUGGCUCUUGUUGGUUCAUCGGUUGGGCUUUGGUUGGUUCGGCUGGUCAUCUCCUAUGGAUGUCCUUCUACUUCUACUUCUACGCCUUAUGCGAGUUGGGUUCGCCUUGACUUCGAUCUUGAUUAUUCUAUAUGUACUCUUUCUGUCUCCUUGCGUUUAUGGCCUUUUGUUCUAUCUUGCAUCAACACUCCCGCAACCUCAUCACGGCCCGCAACACCUACCCCUGGUGUAUCAUAUACCGCAACUAUUUUCCAUCCUCCGGUUCCAUCGUACACCCACAUCCUGUUGCCCGUCUUUGGUUCAUACUCAUCUAGUUGCAACUUGCUUCCUUGCAUGGCUGUUCACACUGUCACGAUAAUGUACGUAGCGUAACGAAAUAUCAUGUGCAUUCUUGCCUCAA